CGCCGGCCUAAUCGAGAAGCAGGCAGCAGCACAACAACCGCGCGGCUCGAGAUCCGCCGCCGACGAGGGUCUCGCCGCCGACGCACCAUGGCCACCGGCAACUCCCACCACCGCGCUCGCCUACGCUCCCGCGCGGCGCCGCUCCUCCUAGUGGUCAUGCUCGCCGUCCUCGCGCUGACCGGCCUCCUCCGAGCCAGCCGCCACGACUUCGUCCCGCCCGUGGCCCGCGCCGCUGCAGGAGGCGGCGGCAACGGCAACCACACCAUCGCGCAGCGGAAGAUCCUGCUCGACCCGGACUUCACCCCGCGGCUGCCGCGCCAGAGCGCGCUCUCCCUCUCGCUCUCGCAGCGGAACGCGCUGCCGCCGCGCAACGCCGACCGCUUCCCGCGCCUCCCCGAGGGCCACCUCAAGGUCGUGCUCUACGUCCACAACCGCCCGCGCUACCUCCGCCUCGUCGUCGACAGCCUCUCCCGCGUCGACGGCAUCGGGGAGGCGCUGCUCAUCGUCAGCCACGACGGCUACUUCCCCGAGAUGGACAAGAUCGUGCAGGCUAUCACCUUCUGCCAGGUGAAGCAGAUCUUCGCGCCCUACUCGCCGCACCUCUUCCCGGACGCCUUCCCCGGCGUCUCCUCCGGCGACUGCCAGGGCAAGGACAAGGCGACCGAGAAGCACUGCCAUGGUGACCCCGACCAGUACGGCAACCAUCGCUCGCCCAGAAUUGUGUCGCUCAAGCACCACUGGUGGUGGAUGAUGAACACCGUGUGGGAUGGGCUGGAGGAGACUAGGGACUUCGAUGGCCACAUCCUCUUCAUCGAGGAGGACCAUUACAUCUUUCCCAAUGCGUACCGGAAUGCGCAGCUGCUUGUCGACUUGAAGCCAAGGAAGUGCCCCCAGUGCUAUGCUAUAAACUUGGCACCAUCCGAUGUCAAGGCGAAAGGCGAAGGUUGGGAGAGCUUGAUCGCUGAGAAGAUGGGUAACAUUGGCUAUGCAUUCAACAGGACAGUGUGGAGGAAGAUUCAUGCCAAAGCUAAGCAAUUUUGCACAUUCGAUGAGUACAAUUGGGAUAUAACGAUGUGGGCAACCGUGUAUCCAUCAUUUGGAUCUCCUGUUUACAGUCUGAGGGGACCUAGGAGGAGCGCUGCGCAUUUUGGCAAGUGCGGCCUGCACCAAGGCCAAGGCGCGAGCAAUGUCUGUGUGGAUAAUGGCGAUGCGGCAGUACAAUUAGAUGCCAUUGAUAAGGUCCCUAACAUCAAAGCUAACUGGCCAGUACACAUCAUUCAGAGGCAGGAGGGGUAUCAGGCUGGCUUCAAAGGAUGGGGUGGCUGGGGUGAUAAGCGCGAUCAGGAACUUUGUCUGAGUUUUGCAUACAUGCACCAUUUUAAAGAUCCGUCGUCUGCUUGAUGGGGUACAGGCACACGAAUUUCAGCAUACUUGAUGCCUUGUUGUAUUGUUGUUCAAUAUCAUUGAUUCUUGCACACGGUUUGUGAUAUAAAUAGCAGUCUUCCCUUUCCCAAUUUUGUAGAAUAGCUCUUUUCUCCCAGUUGAAAGACAUUGCUGUUAGAUUUGGAUCAAUAUCCCAAACUGUAUGACUUUAAGCAGUUAAGCUCACAGAUGUGCAUAAAGUUUACUCUUAUAAGCACGAGUUAGCAUUUAUUUUCUA